AUGGAAUUAACUGAUACGAUUCUUUCUUCAAGAGAUGCUCUUCGAGAAUAUAUAGGACAAUCUGAUCUAUCAGAGCGUUUGAUCUAUGAUUUUGAUACUAUAUCGACUGCUACAAACAAUUUCAACAUCACAAACAAACUCGGGCAAGGAGGCUUUGGUCCAGUUUAUAAGGGUAUGCUACCACAAGGGAAGGAAAUUGCGGUAAAAAGACUAUCUAGCAGCUCAGGUCAAGGUAUUCAAGAAUUCAAGAAUGAGAUGUCGUUCGUUUCCAAUCUUCAGCACAAAAAUCUUGUUAGGCUCUUGGGUUGCUGCAUUAAAGAUGGGGAGAAGUUACUGAUUUAUGAAUUCAUGGCAAACAAAAGCCUCGAUACUUUGUUGCGCGGUUAG